AUGGCGGAGACGGCGAAACCCGUUAUUAUACCCGAUAUUAUUACAACAAAUGGCGACAUGGACGGCAGCGUGACGGAGCAAUCAAGCCAGCAAGUGGUUGAGAACGGUGCGAUGGAGACCGUAACCGUGACGACGACUACGACGAAGAAAACUGUGACGGAGACUGCGGAUGGAGAAACUGUAAACACUUCGGAAAUUGUGACAACGAAAACCGUGGAAAGUACGGAAACAAUGGAAGGUGCGAGUAGUACAGGAACAGACGGGGACGCGGGAACAAUAGAAGGGGAGAGCAAUGCAGGAGGGGAAGUGACAGUUGUUGUGACGGAACACACUGAAUUCACCACGAAUGACCAAAACAACGUCGAAGGUAACGAGAUCCAAGAAUCAAAAGCGACUGAAAUCCCAGAAUCCAAAGAGCCUGAAAUCCCAGAAUCAAAAGAGCCUGAAAUCCCGGAUUCCAAAGAGCCUGAAAUCCAGGAAUCCAAAGAGCCUGAAAUCCAGGAAUCCAAAAAGCCUGAAAACCAGGAAUCCAAAGAGCCUGAAAUCCAGGAAUCCAAAAAGCCUGAAAACCAGGAAUCCAAAGAGCCUGAAAUCCAGGAAUCCAAAGAACCUGAAAUCCAGGAAUCCAAAGAGCCUGAAAACCAGAAAAUUGAUGAAAAAGCAGCUCAAGAAACCCAGCCUAUGCCAACAGAUACAGCGGCAACACCACCUGUUGCAGUAGCAGUCAGUGCAACAACAACAACAAAAUCAACCACUGUGAGAUCGAAGACACCAUCAGGAAAGACACCUCCACCCUCAUCUCCAUCAACUAAAUCACCAAAAAAGACAAGCACACCACGAAUCGACGCAAAGCGAGAAGACUAUAAACCCGGUGGCGGAAAUGUCAAGAUCAAAUCAGAAAAGAUUGAUGUUAAAAAAGUGACAAGUAGAAUUGAAGCCAAGAAAGAAGGACAUAAACCAGGUGGUGGGAACAUUAAAAUAUUUGAUCAAAAAGUCAAAAUCACAAAUGUCAAACCUCGAACGGAUACAGGCAGUGGAUCAAGACCGACAAGUGCAGCAUCAACUCCACGCCGUCCGGUCAGUGCAACACCGCGAGAGAACACUACCUCAAAACAAUCAACACCAAGACAAACUAGCAGUCCAAGAAGGCCAGCCAGUGUGACUCUGACAAGUGCCGUGGCAUCACCAAAACGAGCUAUGAGUGCACAGACAAGAAAACCCAUCAAUGCUGGCAGUUCGUCUCCUAGAAGAGCAGCCAGUGCAACACAAAGGAAGGAGUCAACUUCUUCAGAAGGUUCGGAGAAGAGGAACAGUUUAGGAUUUGAUAGAUCAGCAAAGACCCCAGAUAUCAAAAACGUCAAGUCUAAGAUUGGAUCAACAGAUUAUUUAAAACACACACCUGGUGGUGGUAAGGUGAAAAUUUUUGAGGAAAAAAAAGAUUAUUCUAAGGUCUCCGCUAGAUGUGGUUCAAUGGCGAAUGCUACGCACAAAGCAGGGGGUGGAAAUGUCAAAAUAGUGAAUGAGAAAUUGGAUAUUAAAGUACAAAGUCGGGUUGGUUCGAAGGACAAUUUACAACAUAAAGCAGGUGGUGGCAAAGUCAAGGUAGUAAACGAAAAAUUAGGUUUUAAGCAGAAAGCCGCAAGUAAGAUUGGUUCUUUGGAGAAUCUGGAUUACUGCCCUGGUGGUGGGGAAGUCAAGAUUACAAAUGAAAGAUUAGGUUUUAAAAAGAAAGCAAGGAGUAAAGUUGGUUCCUAUGACAACAUAGAUUAUACCCCGGGAGGUGGGGUUGUGCAGAUUAUAAAUAAAAAAUUAGAUUUCCACAGUACGUCGAGUAGAAUAGGUUCUCUGGACAAUGCGGGUUACAAACCAAAAGGCGGUGAAGUAAAGAUUGAACGGCAUAAAAUACAGUUUCGGGAGAGUGCACAAUCAAAAGUCGGCUCCAAGGCAAAUAUCACGCACACUCCUGGGGGAGGCACAAAAAAGAUAGAAACUCGUAAAUUAGAUUUUAAAGAGAAAGCUCAAAGUAAAGUUGGGUCCAAGGAUUAUAUUGACCAUGUGCCUGGUGGUGGAACGGUGCAGAUUGAGAAACAUAAACUAGAGUUUAAGGAGAAAGCACAGAGCAAAGUUGGCUCAAAGGAUUACAUUGACCACACUCCGGGUGGUGGCAAGGUGAAGAUUGAGAAACAUAAACUAGAGUUUAAGGAGAAAGCACAGAGCAAAGUUGGCUCAAAGGAUUACAUUGACCACACUCCGGGUGGUGGCAAGGUGAAGAUUAAGCAACAUAAACUAGAGUUUAAGGAGAAAGCACAGAGCAAAGUUGGCUCAAAGGAUUACAUUGACCACACUCCGGGUGGUGGCAAGGUGAAGAUUGAAGAGCAUAAAGUUGACUUUAAAGAGAAAGCUCAGAGUAAAGUGGGAUCUAAAGACUACAUGGAUCACGUACCUGGGGGUGGAAAUAUACAGAUUGAAAAUAAAAAACUUGAUUUUAAUGAGAAUGCCACAUCUAAAAUUGGAUCACUAGAUGCUCCGAAGAGUACCAAACAAACCGAUUCAUUCGCCGUAGAGGGCAGUGUUGCAAACACAACAACACAAUCAGUUGAUGUGAUGUAG